CUUCCCGAAGAAAUUCCGAGGACAGACUGCAAGUCCUUAGUCCAGACGCAAAGCCCUGUUAGACUAGAGAGUGAGCAUAGUGCAAGAGAAAAAGUAGACAGAAGGGUUUAGGUCAAGCAGGUUUUAGUAAAUGUAGAAUAGCUAGUAAAAGUAAAACAAAGGAUAAAUUAACAGGGAGCAGGAGAAAGAGAGAGAGAAAGAGAGAGAGAGUUGUGAAAGAAUGGGCUCUCCAGUGAUCCGUGUGAUUCUUCUCACUAUAUUGGUGCAUCUCUCUAGCAUGCAGAGUCAAGAGCUGCAGUAUGAAGAUACUCUAUGCAGCGAGAACAGCUGUUUGGUCAUUUACUUUCAGCGCAAAAUCUUCUUGGAUGCCUGGCGCAGCUGCAGGAAACAGGGUGGCAACCUUGUCACCAUCAAGAGUCCAGAAGAGGCACAACUAAUAGAGACUCUCUUCUCUAACCUGGACCUGACGGAAAGUAGCCAAGUGUUUGUGUGGAUUGGUUUGCAAAGGCAGCCCCGUAAGUGUGCUGCUAGCCGCCCCAUGAGAGGCUUCUCCUGGAUUACUGGGGAGCAAGAUACACAGUACACCAACUGGCAGCAAGAGGACUCUUCAAACACCUGUUCAGUUCCACGUUGCGUGGGCAUAGGUUACAGUACCUCCACUCAAAAAAGCCAAGACAACUUCAAAUGGAAAGAUGGACCUUGCUCAGUCCCGGUGGAUGGCUACUUGUGCAGGUACACUUUCUCUGGCAUGUGUAAAGCUAUUUCAAAUGAAGGGUUUGGAAAUGCGCUGUACACGACCCCAUUUGACCUUGUCACAUCGCUCUUGACUCACAUUCCAUUUGGGUCAAUUGCAACUGUACCCUGCUUAACUAAAAGUGACCAAACAGUACUGUGUACUCAAAGAGAGGAUGGAACUGUUGGUUGGAACAGAGAUUCUCCUUACUGCUCUGAUAUUUCCAAAGCUAGCUGGUGUGAUAAGGAUAAUGGUGGCUGCCACCAUUACUGCAUAGAGGAUGACAAUGACUACUAUUGUGAGUGUAAAGAAGGCUUUCUCUUGGCUGAAGAUGGAAUGAGCUGCUUUCAAACAGACCCCUGUCAAGGGUCUCCCUGUGAAUAUGAGUGUCUGACAGUGAUGGACAGUUAUCGCUGUGCCUGCCCUGAUGGCUACAUGUUGGCACCAGACGAGCAAGGUUGUCUAGAUGUCGAUGAGUGCUUGCAGAGUCCAUGUGAACAGAUCUGUAUAAAUGCACUAGGCACCUUUGAGUGUAGCUGUCAUGAUGGCUAUAAACCUAAUGAGGAGGGCACUUGUGAGGAUGUAGAUGAGUGCACUGAGUCUCUGUGUGAGCAUGAUUGUGAGAAUGUAGUAGGUUCUUAUGAAUGUCAUUGUCAUUAUGGCUUUGCACCACUUCCAGGGGAUCCAAGUCGCUGCUACGAUGUUGAUGAAUGUCAAAUUGAGGGAACUUGUGAACAAAUGUGUAUAAAUUCAAUUGGUGGAUUUGAAUGCUACUGUAAUGAGGGUUAUGAUCUCCUAAGUGACCUCUAUUCAUGCAGACCCAGUGAUGAGCAGCAACCCUCCACAGUACCUACAUCCAUCAUCUUGAUCACAGAGCUUACUAAUCAUACGACAGAACCCGAUGAACAUCAAGAAAUUGAUUAUGAAAUGCAACCUGAAAACAAAACUCUGGAUUGGCUUACCGAGCUUCCUAAUUUAGAGAGGGUUCCUACUGACCUGCUGAGGCUCACUAGUGUUACCCAGGAGGUGACUGAAACCACGUCACCAACCAAAAGCACUACUAGCCUUAUGAACAUGGAAUUGGAUUACAUAGACCAACAAACAGUUGCUAUGGAUGCGUUUGUAUCUUCCACUGAAAGCCCUACUACCCUUAUGAACAUGGAAUUGGAUUACAUAGACCAACAAACGGUUGCUAUGGAUGCGUUUGUAUCUUCCACCACUUCAACUCCAUUGUCUGAAUAUUACGAGGAGGAGAGUACCACAGAAUUCACAGUUUUCCUCACCACUACUGUAGCAGGCGGUGCUUGGAAAUGGAUGUUGUUCAGUCCUAGCCUAAAUGACCUUGACAAAGAGGAAAGUCCUUUCAUUACCAAAACUUUUGAGCCUCAUCUUGAUAAUGGCAAUCAUGAUUAUGAAUCUACAUCCUCUAACACUGAAUUACAAACACUCACACAGGCCCUUCUAUCUGCUCAGGUAGUUAAGGAUGGCAGCAGCAAUGAACAGAAUCAGGGCAGCAGCUGGUUGCUGGUAGGGUUGUUGGUACCACUCUGCAUCUUUAUUGUGGUUAUGGUGGCACUUGGUAUCAUCUACUAUACUCAGUGCAGUAACUCUAAGCCACAGAACAAGAAUGCCACUGAGUGUUACCACUGGAUUGCUGGUGCUGGUGAUAAAGCAGCUGCUGAUAUGACAAGCAGUGGUGCAACAAAGGUGUAACCAAACUGUGCAAGGACAAACAGAUGACAGAUGUACAGAAACAUUUUUGAUGUAAUUACAGCACAUGGUAGGACAAGGAAAUUAGAUGAAUAACCAUCUUGUAUCAAUACAAUCCUCGAUUAUUAAUGGUGGAUUACAUGGAAUAUCUGUCAGUGAUAAGACAGGGGAAAUUGGAGGAACUGGGAAGCCCCUAGCACUGUUUCUCUGCUGUAUUUUACUGAAAGAAAUAAAGAUCCUGUUAUUUUCUUUCUUAGCCACCUUACCUGUGACAUGGUUGCUAAACCGUUGCAAUGUAGCAGCCACAAGAUCAGAGCUAAUGUGAAAAGACACUGUAGCCGUGUUUCACAUAUUUAUUUUACUUUUUUAUUGUUUGAAGCAGCAUUUUAAUCAGAAUAUUGUGCCUCACAGCAGCCUCAGAGAAGUGUCAUUUUUGUGAAAGUACUCUUGCGUUUUCCUUGAUAUUGAACUGUACUACUUGUUUCAACUCUCUGAGCCAGAUCCGAUAUAUGACAUUUUUUGUUUCGUAACCUUGAAAUGGAAAAGUCUGUGAACAGUUGACAUCACCAUGCUCUUUCCUCUGACUAAGUCACAUUUAAUUGUCAGCUAUUAGUGUGAAUUUAUGCUUUAUUCACAACAUGCCAUUAGCAAAAUUUUACAACAAACAGUUGUAAAUUUGAUGGAAAUGAACUAAUCCAAAUUAUGAUUUGGAAAUGAAUCCAAAAGAACAUACUGUAUGCCUUUGAGGUUAAAAGAUGUUUUUUAAUUUUUUUUAAUUUAUGCAUAUUCUUAUUGGUGUCAUUAUACUCACACUUGUGUACAAAGCAUCUGAUCAGAAUUUCAUGGAUAAUAUUAUUAUGUGUCUAAGCAAACAAGACUUUAGCUAUUGAACAUCAUUGUUAGAUUAAUUCAGUAAUUCUUGCUCUAUUCUGCUCAUUAAAGUAACGUAUGAUUCGA